CAUCCCCGGAUACAAUUAUUUUACGAGAUAUACCUGAGUUCUCAGAUUAAAGAAGGAAUUCAAAUUAUUAAAAAUCUGUUGAAAUUCAGCCGACCGCAUCGAAUUUUAUAUAAGUUUGGUUAAUAAUUAAUGAAAAGUUUAUUGCAACUAUUGCACCAAACAAAAUUUGUCGAAAUAGGAUCCGUGCAAAAAAAUUUUUUUUAAUUCGGAGUCCAAAUUUUACAACUUCCUUCCGUUCAAAAUAACCCCGGCAAACAGAAAGCAGUCAAAUUGAGUUGCAACCGCUAUUGUCCCAACUAAUUUCACCACUGAUCUAUGAAAACUUCGUUUAAAUAACACGCCGAUCACGCGAAGACUUAUAUUUAAAAUACCUGCGGAUCAAACGAAGACAAAGAAAGAAAACAAAAACCUCAGGCAAGAUAUCUGUGGGCAAUUAACAAACUAUGGGGGACAACCCAAACAAUGCAGAAAACCCGCAACCCAAAGGCCAAAAUUUAGACUGCAACAACGGAAUUGCAAUUUUACACAGCAACUCAGCUAUGCUUGAUAUAACAAGCACGACUGACAACAACGAAAAUAAUAAAACCAGUGAUAAAAGUUCGUACACGACUAUCGAGAAACAACCAAAUACGAAUGAGCCUGACACGACCGAAGAACGAAUAGAGCGCGGUCAAUGGGGGAACAGAAUCGAGUUCUUCCUCGCAGUUGUCGGAUUUUCAAUUGGAGUUGGGAAUGUAUUUCGAUUCCCUUAUGUCUGCUACAAAAACGGAGGCGGCGCUUUUCUGAUUCCUUAUUUCAUUGCGCUGGCUUGUUGUGGUAUGCCUUUGAUGUUCCUGGAACUAGCUUGGGGUCAGUUCAGCAGUGAGGGUCCAAUCACAGCCUGGUCCGUAUGUCCUCUUUUCUCUGGAAUCGGUGUGUGCGCUUGCACCAUGACAGCGAUAGUGAUUCUCUACUACAAUGUUAUCAUGUGCUACAGCGUGUAUUACAUGUUCGCCUCUUUGACCUUCGGAGAGGUGCCUUGGAGCCAUUGUGGUGAGAUUACGCCCACAAUCUGGACCAAUGAUAUUCAGAAAGGACAGCAAAUAUGCGUGGAGCCCAGAAAUGACGAGGUCAAAAUAUGGAGCAAUGUGUCCUAUAUUACCCCUGCAACCAGCUACCUGGUCAACGAUGUCCUCGAUCUCUCCUCGGGUCUGUGGGACUUCGGACACAUCCAAUGGAAACUGGCGCUGGCUCUCGCUUUCAUCUGGGUUGUCACUUUCCUCUGUGUUGUCAAGGGAAUCAAAUCCACCGGAAAAGUUGUUUAUUUCACCGCUACAUUCCCUUACUUUAUUUUAUUCAUACUGUUUAUCAGGGGAAUUACACUCGAGGGAGCCAUGGUUGGGAUUCGAAAGUACCUCACGCCCGAUUUCGCAAAACUGAGUGAUUUAAAUGUCUGGGCUGACGCUUUCCAGCAAGUGUUUUACUCUAUGGGUCCAGGAUGGGGCGGACUUUUGACCUUUGCAAGUUUUAACGACUUCAACCACAACAUUCAAAAAGACGCCAUUUUAGUGACUAUGGUCUCGGCUUUCACGAGUUUCUUUGGUGGUUUUGUUGUUUUUAGUAUUCUCGGAUUUCUCUCGUAUUCCUACAAUUCGCCGAUAGAGAAUAUUGCGUCAACUGGGAUAACAGUCGCGUUCGAAACUUACCCCGCAGCUCUCGCUCAAAUGCCGUUUGCCCAAUUUUGGUCGUUUAUAUUUUUCUUCAUGAUAAUCAUUCUCGGACUUGACAGCGAGUUUGGAAUGUUGGAAGCUCUCAUCUGCGCUGUCGUAGACUCAUACCCGAACCGACUGCACAAAUACAAAAUGCAUAUAACAGCUGUAGUAUCGAUGCUAUUUUUUCUGACCGGGCUUAUUUUCGUAACCCAAGGGGGGAUGUUUCUAGUCACAAUAAUCGACACCUACUUCGCUAUUUUCGGACUGCUAAUCGUGUGUUUCACAGAAAGUGUCGUAUUUGCAUACAUGUAUGGGUAUAAUAAAUUCAGUAUGGACAUUGCAGAGAUGCUAGGGAAGCCUCCGAGUCGCUACUUCCAGGCCAUGUGGUGUGUGGUCACGCCCUCUUUGAUUGUGUUCAUACUCGUAUCUCUCUUUCUUAAGAGUGGGGGAUCAACUCAGAUGGCAUACCAGGGCCGAGUGUUUCCCGAGUACACUUCGAUGUUGGGCUUGGGGAUGGGUUUCUGUGUCGUGCUCAUUGUACCGGCUGUCGGGCUGGUCAAACUGGCUCUGAACAAGUGGGACUGGCGUCCCCUUUUGAAACCAACAAGCGACUGGGGCCCAAAGUCAAGAAGGGUUCGAAUCCCGGACACCGCAGCCAAACUUUCAGAAAGUGCGGUAAAACUUCAACUCAAUGCGGAGACGAACGAUUGCUAACUAUAUUUAUGUAACAUUUUUGUUAUAAAACUUCAUUUAGUGUGGGCUAUAAUUAGUUAAAAGAUAGC